UGGUGGUGGUGGUGGUGAUCACGGCGGUCGUGGUGUUGUAUGAGUAUAUGUACAUGAUUUCGGGAAAUUAAUGUCGCGCGACGCCGGGAGGUGGGAGAGACCGCCGAGAAGCCGAGCAGCGAGGCCGGGGAGAAGGUGAAAGUGAACCUCUGUCCGCGCGGCCGUGGCGACGGACGGUGCCUAACCUAAAAAUAAAAUAUAUAUCCCUCUCCGUCCCACCAACUUCGCGACACUCGUCGCACGUCUGCGUCCGCUCCGCUGUCGUGCGUGGUGACUCGCGCGCACAAGUACGUCUCGCCGCCGUGUCGUCCGCGGAUCGUCGCGCGCGACGUGGACCCGCCGUGACCCUGUCACGGAAUCGUCCGGAGGUGCCGCUCAACGUCGGAGCAGCCGCACGUCGUCGUCGUCGUCGUACCCGCGUACACCCGCGCACGCCGCUCCUGCUGCAGGGACACGUCCGCGUCGACAUGACCGCGCCGAGACGGCCGCGGUGGUGCUCGCUGCAGGGGGACGAAUGACUUCGCGGUUAGCACGCCGGCAACAACGUAUGGAGAAUAUGGAUCUUACGAGCAACGAGUCGGCGGGGGAGCAGCAACCCGUCCCCGACAGCACGGUGCCGCGGAAGUCCUGGUCCGAGCUGCGCGCCGUCGUCAGCGAUCUCAGGAGGAAGCUGUCCGGAGUGUCGGCCGGAUCCGUGCCGAGUUCCAUAACUUUCCGCUCGCUCCCGGACGGCCGGACUAGAAUCUAUUUCCUCAGCACGCCGAGCAACGGCUGGGAGACCACCCUUCUGUACGUGGACAUUGCACACGCGGAUCACGCCAACGGCUACCGAUUGCACUGGCAACCCGUCAUAGAGGCGAAUUUCCAGAGUGUAUCGAGUGCGAAUAGACUGUCGAAAGAGGAGCAACUGUUGUGGGAAAGGAAAAGACUCGCUACGUGGGGUAUAACCAGUUACGAGAUCCACGCGGAGAGUGGAAAAUUAGUCUUUCCAGCUGCUAGCAGCCUUUAUCAAUGUGUGGAUACUGGAUUUAUGCCUGGACCUCUAUUUCCGUCGGAAAUCAGGAUGUCGACGACUGGGGCGAAACUGUGUCCUCAGAUCUGUCCCUGGAACAACGCCUUGAUCGCUCACACGUGCUCAGGGGAUCUGUACCUGUCUCACAGUAUCACAGGUUCCUCGGUUCGAUUAACUCACGCUAGAAAAGGAGGCAGAAGUCUCGUGGACGAUCCGCUCACCGCCGGUACUCCUUCCUACGUCAUGCAGGAGGAAUUCACAAGGUAUAUCGGUUACUGGUGGCAGCCGAAGUCCAUGUUCGACGGAAUCUACAGGAUAGUGUACGAAGAGGUGGACGAGAGCGACGUCAAGAUCUAUUGCUUCCCCUCGUCGAAUUCCGACGAGGUGGACGAGUUCAGAUUUCCUAGAGCCGGCAUGUCGAACGCAAGGAGUAACUUGAAAAUGGUGCAGUUUCGUCUGACGGAGUCGUUACAUAUCGUCGAUAUCGAGAUAUUGGAGCUCCAGUAUCCUCUUCACAUCAUGUUCCCGUGGAUGGAAUACAUGGUGAGAGUCGGAUGGACUCCGGAUGCUCAAUACGUCUGGGUGCAACUGCUGGACAGAAAGCAGCAGAAACUCGAGUUGGUCCUGCUGUCGAUAGACAACUUUUGCGAGCCACCGCCGAACACGUACAACACGGAAAACCAUUUCACGCCCACGUCAGCGAGCGUUCAAGUGGUAUACUCCGAGCAGAGCCCGAUUUGGAUCAACGUGAACGAUCUGUUGUACUUCUUGAAGUCCGACGACGCGAACGAGGUCAAAUUUAUCUGGGGGAGCGAGGAAUCUGAGUUCCGACACUUGUAUCUCAUAACAUCCAGUAUAGCAGGAUUGAGUAACGGAGUGGAGGAGCCUCUGGAUAGAAUGGACAGUAUAUUUCUCCGACCACGUAUCACUUCCAAGAUCGCCCUGACGCAGGGCGAUUGGGAAGUGCUAGGGAAGAAAAUAUGGGUCGACGAAGUCAACUCCAUCGUCUAUUUCUGCGCGUUACGGGAAGGGCCGCUGGAGCAGCACGUUUACGCGGUUUCGCUGCGACGGCCGUUAGAGAUACGGCUGCUGACGCGGCCUGGUUACAGUUACAACAGUAUAUAUUUUAACAAAGAGUGCACAAUGUUGGUCACUGUUUAUAGUUCCAUUAAAACGCUGCCUACUUGUCAAGUCUUUAAAAUAUCACAAACCGAUUGGACAGUGGAGAGCAUAUCGCUCACACCCGUAGGCUAUCUCCUAGAGCCGUCGGCGCCCGAAUCCGAGCUGUUCGCGCCGGAGGUAUUUACGCAUAAAAUCAAGUCGGGGGACACGGUCUACUCGAUGAUAUUUAAGCCUCAUAAUUUCCAACCUGGAGUCAAGUAUCCCACGAUAUUGAACGUUUACGGAGGACCAGAAGUGCAACUUGUAUCUAACACAUUUAAAGGUUUAAGACAUUUACGGAUGCACAUGUUAGCUGCUCAAGGCUAUUGCGUAGUUUUAAUAGACUCCCGCGGAUCGCAGCAUAGAGGUCUAGUAUUCGAGAGCCACCUGCGACGUAGGAUGGGAACGGUGGAGCUCAACGAUCAGGUCGAAGUGUUGAGAUGGCUUGCGGAGACUACCGGAUACAUAGAUCUAAAUCGAGUGGCUCUUCACGGCUGGUCUUACGGCGGAUACUUAAGUCUAAUGGGUUUGAUACAGUAUCCCGACGUGUUCAAGCUGGCCAUUGCUGGUGCUCCGGUUACCUCGUGGAACUUUUACGACACCGGAUACACCGAGCGUUACAUGGACCUGCCGCAGAGCAAUCCUCACGGUUAUAUGGCCGGAUCGGUCCUGACUUAUGUGAACAAGUUUCCCGACGAGGAGAAUCGUUUGUUGAUUAUUCACGGUCUCAUAGACGAGAAUGUACAUUUCUACCACACUAGCCAGCUGAUUAAUGCCCUUGUGAAGAUCGGCAAACCGUAUCAGCUGCAGGUUUAUCCUCACGAGAGGCACAGUCUGAGGAGCCUAGAUGCCAGCAAGCAUUACGAGACGACCCUGUUGUCCUUCUUGCAAAAUCAUUUAUGAACCGACGUUCUUUCUCUCCUUUUACUUUUACCUUUGUUUCCUUAUGCUGUUAGAUAGUUCGAUAACCGUUCCUCCAAGCAAGAGUUUGCCAGUUUUGAGUAACUGCCAUUAAUUUACGUACACACACUUAAACUACAUGAAACUUAAAAGGAAGGAAUACCUUCAGGUGGCAAAAUAUGUGUACUAAUUUCUGUAUAAAAGUGUGCCUCUUAAGGCUUUUAAGAUAGUAUUAUUUUUUUUUUAAUGCAAAGUAUCUGCAAUGGAAAAGUGUGAAUAUAAUCGUGUAAUUAAUUACCAGGACGAACUUCUAGCAAGGAAUUUAUAAUAUAACUUACAAGAAAAAAAAAGAUAAUGUGCUGAAUACGAAUUUUCAACGCCGCUGUCAAGGUGCCACAAAAAAAAGAACGCGUAAUAAGCAACAGGUUUUUUUAAUCAGCUAUUGUCAAAGCUUAGCGGUCGUGAUAAUAUUGGUUAAUUGUGACUAUUUUUUAAGGGAAUGGACAAUACUCAAUUUACAACUGACAAUAGUUAAUCGGGAAGACUACAUCAGACGCGUUUCUGUUUCGCAAUAUACAUUGAAUCGUUAGACGUUAACAUACCAAUUGUGACUAUGUAUAUAACACGGUACGGUGACCGUGAUACACAUGUAUCCCUCUUAUCUUUCUACGAAAUGAAAAGUCCGCGUUUCAGCGAGAAAAGUAUUUUGCGUUCUUCAGUGUUGUGAAAUAAUCGUAUAUCCGAUGGAUAAUAUUAUUUGUCAAUAAAUAAAUUCAUUA